AAAUAAUUUGCAUCAAUAGUUGUGAACUGAUGAUUGCUACUGAAAUUUUAUCCGAUAAGGUAUAAAUAUGAUAAUAUAAUGUUAGCCAGAAGACUAAUAUUAGAGACUAGAGAAAGCUGUAAAUUAUUCAUAUAUAAUUAAUUUAGAUGAUUGAAUUGUUUAAAUAUGAUAAUUUACUAAACAAUGAAUACCUAGUUCGAAAAUUUGAGACUGAUAUUUUAAAACCUGAAUGGUAUUUGCUAUAAUAUGUUGUUGUUUAAAGAGAAAAUUCAAUUAAAAGCUAAUAUGUAUAAAAUGAAUUGAAUAAUCGCAAAAAAUAUCAUUUAAUUUUAACAGAUGUAAUAAGAGAUAUUAUUAUUUAAGAUUUUAAAUAAAUAUAACAAAUAAUUAUGGAAUUUUGAUCAUUAAAUGUUAAUCAUACGUCCUUAUUUUCCAACAGAGAGAAAAAGAAUAUAAAUAAAAAUACCAGUUUUGAAUGUAGCUCUCAUAAAAGACACUCUUUAGAAAUCUGGCUUUGUUGAUGAAGAAUUAAUUUUUGAAGAAGAAAUCUAUUAAGCUGACAAAACAUAUGUCAAAUUAAUAGUAACAUCAUAAACUGAAAAUUAUGCUAUAGGAAUAUUUGAUUUUUUAAUGUCCAAAAAGGCAGAACUUUAAAUAGAUUCAGUUAUUAUGUAAAAUGUUGAUUAUUUGGAUGAAUUUCAUAAAUAGAUAAAUUCUAAAAAAUGUUCAAUGAUGAGUAAGAAAAUUGAGCAAUAGGAUAAUGAUUAAUAAGGAUAUAAAAGAAAUGAAUAAUAUGAAGAAUAAGAAAAAGAAUUUGAUAGAUCUUAUUAAAAAGGUAGAGGAAGAGGAAACAGAUCAAGAGGAAAUUAUGGAUAUUAUAGAAAUGAUAAAGAUGAUGAUAGACAUGAAGACAAAUAUCAUAAUAAAGAGAAGGGAGAAAGAAAUGAAAGAGGAAAUGAUAGAAAUGAUAGAGGAGGAAAAGAUAAAGAUCGAAGAGGAGGUCAAAGAGAUAGAGGAAAUAAUGUAAAUAAUUUAAUUUAUGUUAGUAAUAUGUGUAAAAAAAUGAUUAACAUCAUUAAUAAUAAUAAUAACAAUAAUAACAAUAACAAUAAUAUCAAUUAAUCCCUAAAGCAGUAUUAUAAAAGACACCAAAAUAAAUUAUAAAACCAAAUGCUCUGAAUGCUAAUGAUUUCCCUGCUCUAGAUUCUGAAUAAAAGAGCUGAGUUAUAUGAGUAAUAACUCUAUAAAAUUAUUUUAUUAUUCAAC